AUGGCUAAGGACUUUGUCAUCAGGCCGUCUCUUAUCCUACAAGAGUUGGCGGCUUGGUUCCUGGAACACACAGGCCCUGGGCACAUAUCUCCUCGGCGCUGCCCUGUGAGAUCGAAGACUGACAAUCUUCUAGCAAUGACCCUCGGUCCUCAGCCAUACUACUGGGCUAACACCAAACAACUGAGCUUUGGAAACUCGCCGCCAAUUGCCACUCGUGCCGGUUACAUGGCAUUGGCAUGUAUGCCAUUUCUUUUCAUUCUAGGCGCUAAGGCAAACCCGAUUUCAGCCCUGACCGGUAUAUCCCACGAGAAACUCAAUAUCUGGCAUAACUGGGUGGCAUGGGCUAUGUUUGUACUUGCGCUGGUCCAUACGUUUCCUUUUAUCGUAUUUCACAUCUGGAAAGGCGACAUAGUCAAGCAGUGGAAUGAUGGAGGUAUGUGGGUUACAGGCGUCAUUGCUAUCCUAGCUCAAGCAUGGUUGACCUUCAUGUCUAUUCGUUGGGUCCGGGACCGAUAUUACGAGCUGUUCAAGGCAACUCACCUCUUUGCAGCCGCUGUCUUCUUCAUUUUCUUCUUCAUCCACUGCGACUUCCGUCUCACCUCAUGGGACUACUUCAUCGUCACAGCUGUGUUGUACGCUCUAUGCUUCUUCUACUCACAAUUCAAAACCUUCAUGGAGCACGGUGUCGAUUACGCCCGAGUAUCACUGGUCACACCUCAUUGUCUGAAGGUCGUCAUUGAAACCAAUGCCCGCUGGACACCGGGACAGCACGUAGGGACCGCAAACACAGAGAUGGAAGUUAUUGUGGCAACCCGUGAUCUGGAGUUCCGGGAAUGGUACUGCAGAGCAUUGGACGACAUUAUUGCUCGACGUCCCCAUGCCGAGAACACAAAGGCGCCAUGUAUUUCAAUUUCUUUCCAUGAGACCGGGACCUCAGUGCAAAACAAGUCGACCUCGUCAAAUCCAGAAUCUCCGGCAUAUGAUGCAGACAAGGAGGUGAUUGAAACACCCGGGAAGCCUUCCGACACUGAAUGGCAAUCACCUUAUGGGCUGGUCAGUCUACGCACCUUCAACGGACGACCAGAUGUAUCCGCAAUUUCCAGGCGAGCCAUUGAGCAAUCAGGGAGCGUUGGCUUAAUAGCCUGUGGUCCGGCAUCAUUGGUCUUCGACUUGUCUCAAGUUGCGGCCGAAGCCCAGAAACGCAUUCUGCAAGGCGGAGGUGGUGCCAGUGAGGUCUGGUUCUACAAGGAGAACUUUUCGCUUGAUCUCAUUCCAACCACUUCCAGUGAUCUUGGAGGUACUCGUGCCGUGAUCAUCCCUGGUGUAUUGGAAGUGUUCGAAGAGGGCAGGCUAUAUCAUCAACUUGCGCCGAAACAAGUUCAAGUCAUGGCGCUCUUGCAGCUCAUCCCGGCAUUCUUCUGCACUUCAGUGUUAGCAGGGGGUCUCCAACUUCUCCCUCCCACCCUCCGAACUUCGGAAUCCUCUCCAGGCACUGUGUGGCACGUCAAUAAAAGCCCAAAGACCAUCUACAUCGAGGAAAGUUUAGCCUCCAAAGCCGAUACAGAUGGCUUGACUCUAAUUCCACCAAGCGGCCACGACUUUGCGAAGCUCUUCCAACAAGACAUUAGCGAGCUUACAGGCGUCAACUGGACAUUACAGCGCGUCGAUCGUCUCCCCAGCCCCGCCAACGCCAGCGGCAUUCUUCUCGGCUCUUUCACCAGCAACACCUCGUCGCUCACCUACGAAAAUGGCAAUCCUACGUCGGAAGGUUAUGAGCUCGUCAUCUCCCCGUCUGGCGCCUUCAUUGGCGGCACCGGCGCGCGGGGGAUGUGGUGGGGGACAAGAACCUUGCUCCAGCUCCUGCUGGUAGGGAACGGGACUCUGCCCACAGGGCGAUCGGUUGACGCGCCGGCCUAUGCCACGCGAGGCUUUAUGCUCGAUGCCGGACGCAAGUGGUACGCGCCCGCUUUCCUCAAGGAGCUGUGCAGCUUCGCUUCCUUCUUCAAGAUGAGCGAGUUUCACUAUCACCUCAGCGACAACUACCCGCUCAACCGCGGGCAGAACGCGUCAUGGCAAGAUGUCUACUCCCACUUCUCGCUGCGGCCGGAAGAUGAGAAUUUGUUGCCGAUCCUUCACGGUCGGGAGAACGAGACCUUGUCCCGAGAAGACUUUGCCGAUCUUCAGAGUCAUUGCGCGUCAAGAGGUGUAACUGUUAUCCCGGAGAUCGAAGCACCAGGUCAUUGCCUCUACCUCACCAAGUGGAAGCCCGAGCUCUCAUUGACGAAGCGCGACUUGCUCAACUUGUCUCAUCCGGAUACCAUCCCAACUGUCAAGCGUAUUUGGUCGGAGUUUCUUCCCUGGUUCGAGACGAAGGAAGUUCAUGUUGGCGCAGACGAAUACGAUGCGACGCUGGCUGACGACUACAUUGGCUUUGUGAACGAGAUGUCUUCUUUCAUCAACUCCACUGUCGGUAAGAGAAUUCGGAUCUGGGGAACAAACGAGCCAUCCGAAAACAAGACUAUCUCCAAAGACGUAGUAAUUCAGCACUGGCAGUACGGCGAAUCGGACCCGGUUCUGCUAUCAAACAAUGACUACGACAUAAUCAACUCCGAGGACUGGUGGGCAUACAUGUCUCUUAAGAACGACCACAUGCCAAUUCUGCCUGCUCGCUACCCCCAAUUUUACAACGAAACUCGAGUGCUCAACUUCGCCAACGAGCCUAAGUGGCAGUGGACACCGGCGGAUUUUAACCCGUUCAACAAGACCAUGCAGUUAUCAGAUAGUUCACCGGCAAACAGAGGUGCCAUUCUUGCGGCUUGGAACGACAACGGCCCGGAUGCCUCUACCCAGCUGGAGGCGUACUAUGCCAUGCGCCGAGGCAUAGCGCUGGUCGGAGCACGCGCGUGGAGUGGCAGCCGUGGCGCACAGCUCGUAGACGAAGGGGUUGCGCCUAGCAUUGACUUCUUCACGCCUCUCGCACCGGGGCAGAAUCUUGAGCGUAUAGUGACGAAGUCCAAGCCUACAUGCAAAGGGCCAUUAGUCUCAUGGUCUCGUUCUACCAAUGAGUCUGAGGCAGUACACCUUGGCCAUGGAAGUAAGGGCAUGAACUAUACCCUGACGCUGGCUGUCACUGGACCUUUCACACUGUCCGGUCCUGAUACCGCUCUCGCAUUAGAUGAAGGUGGCAGCCUCUCAUUCACUGCGGACGGAUGGCCUUAUCCUCUUCGGUCCGUGAGCGAACGAGAUGCUAUGCAGCUUGACCCUGGGCACCCAGGCCGGAUUUGGUCGAACGUAUCUACUUCGACACACGAGGCAGUUACGAUAUCGAAGCUCCCUGCGAACGUCACCAUCGUCACAGACGUGCUCCAUGGAAGCAUGGCCUGGAUCAAUGGACAGUUCGCAGGGCGUUUCGAAGUGUUUGUGUAUGGGGGUCGUAACACACUUUUCAGCUGGAGCCAAAUGGCCUUCGUUGCGCCGUUGGAAGAUGUACGUGGCCCUGGGAUACAGAGUCUUGUGGUCGACAACGUUGCCCAUUUUACGAAUUAG